AGGCAGGGGAGGCUGGAAAUACAUCCAUGCUCUGAGACACAGGAGGACAGAGAUUCCUGUGCCCCAACAGUGACAGGACGCCCUGGGUGAUCAGGCGGAUGGACCAAUCAUCUGAGAGGAAGAUGAGCGCUGAGGGGGCCGAAGCAAGACCAGCCCCUCCUACCACGCUGCCCCUCCAAGGACAACCCUCCCAGAGAAGGAAGCUCUCUGUAACACAUAUAGUAAGCCUGUCACCGGACCAAAGUGAGGAUGACCUUGGUGAGACAUCUGAUGACUUUGACGUUAAUAUGGAUGACCUUGAGACUCCAGAUGAGUGGGAUUACCUGGACUACCCUGUCACUGAAAUGAACUCGGAAGAACUUGCAGCAGCCAAUAAGAACAGCGCAAGGAUGCCUUGUGAACCAAUCCUUACAUGUGGCGCUGAGGAAGUGCAUCAGGAUGGCAGUUUAUGGAGGACGGUUAUCAUUGGGGAGCAGGAGCACCGCAUCAAUAUGAUGAGCAUUGAGCCCUACCGGAAAGUCAUCUCCCAUGGAGGCUACUAUGGUAACGGAGUUAACGCCAUCAUAGUGUUUGCCGCCUGUUACCUGCCAGAUAGUAACAGAGAGGACUACCAUGAAGUGAUGGAACACCUCUUUCUUUACGUGAUCAGUACACUAGAGCUGAUGGUAGCAGAGGACUAUAUGAUUCUCUACCUGAAUGGAGCCACCCCACACAGGAAAAUGCCUGGCAUAGGCUGGUUAAAGAAAUGCUAUGAGAUGAUUGACAGAAGGCUCAAGAAGAAUUUGAAAUCAUUCAUCAUUGUCCAUCCUUCAUGGUUUAUCAGGACCAUCCUAACCAUCACCAGGCCCUUCAUAAGCACCAAGUUCAGCAAUAAAGUAAAGUAUGUGAAGAGCUUGGACGAGCUGCAAGAUCUCAUCCCCAUGGACUACUUACAAAUCCCAGAGUGCAUCAUUAGACUUGAUCAGGAGCUGAAAGAAGCACAGAACUCAAGAGUGCAUAGUUUUCUGCAGGGACCAGAGCCAACAGCAGGCAGAGAAGAAUAA